GUGUCUCGACGCCUAUCGAGCAAUAAAAUCGAAGAAAAUCUACAAUUUUCCGUGCACGUAUUGGGUCAAAUUAUGUUAUUUUGUACUCGAUAUCUCGAGAAUCGAAAGGAUAUCGUAUUCCUUUCAGAUUUAUGAGGAAGUUGAGAGCUGAGAGACUCUGUAAAUAGGCAACUACACAUUCAUCAUCCGUGCAUGAUUUAAAAAAGUCAUAAUUAGGACUCCGUGUUCGGUCGGUGAAGCAACGUGGAUAAUUCACAGAGAGCGCGAGAGAUUUGAGGUGGUCUUUAAUAGAAACGAGACAUGUUGAAGUGGAAGAGGACAACAAGGUCGCUGAAAAUCACCAAGAAAAAUUAUUAAGCAGCUAUUUAAAACUCAUAGCUUUGGACCCAUCACUGCAGUAACAGUACAAAUAACACUCACAAGGCUCGAAACUUUGGCGUCCUCUGUCCCUCCACCAAACCAACCCAUCUUCCCUCCCCAAAACAAAUCAAAACAUAACCCCCAACAAGGAAAAAAUGAAGAGAAGAAAGUGUUGAUCUUAAGAUCUUCUCCGAAUCUUGAGAGGCUCUGGAUCUUUGAAUCUCUGAUUCUCCUCCUCUAGUACGGAGAUAGACAUGCUCAACCUCUCCUUUUGAGUCAUCAGUAGGCGUUUGCGGCAUGUGCAUGGAUAGAACAGGAAUGGCGAUUAGCCGUCUCGGAGAGAAAAUAUGCAGCGUCGAGAAAACCGAGGACGACGGCGACGGCGGCGCGAGUCUCAUAGAGUGCCUGAGAGGAAGGUUGCUGGCAGAGAGACAGGCCUCUAGAGCUGCUAAAGAUGAUGCAGAGUUCAUGGUUCGAAAGUUGACAGAGCUGGAGAAGAAGCUGAGAGAAGAGAUCAGAUUGAGGGACAAGGCCGAGAAGAGGCUUCAAUUCCUUAAGGGAAAGCUCGAAACCGUGAACAUCCCAUCCUCGCCUACGUUGGAGGAACCAGAAGAGUCUCGCAGAUCACCCAUUACUUCAGGCCCCGGUGAUGCGCAAUUAGGAAGAGCCAAGAGCCAGAUCACAGAGCAAGAAACUUCCCAAAACUCGAAAAUCGGUUCUUCAAACCGGCCCAAGUCAAGUGAUCACUCUCACACCCAUGAAGCUAUUCCUGAUUGGGAAACUGGUGUUUUUCCUGCUGAAAAAUCUGGCGAGCAACUCGCUGCCGGUGAUGGAGAGACGAAGAUUGAUGAUCCCAGGCACAGUUCUUCCAUGUCGAAAGCUUCCGUGGCAGAGCCGGAGACGCAUAGUGAGAUCGACAAGGAAGCUCACGGCUCACAGGCACUGGUCCCAAUCCAGCUUCCAGCGAAAACUCAGCCCAGAGAGAUGAAGAUAACGAGGAAAAUCACAAGCCAAGCCCUUGAUCCCCUGAUCCAUGCCAGAGAAAAGACUCAGAGCUCAAUGGAAAGAAGGCACAUGGUUAAUGCUCUGAUCUGUUAAUACCUAAUAGCUGACACUAGUGACAUCUUUCUCCUCAUUUGUCCUGCUUUUUUUUUUUUUUAAUGUCCCUUUAAGAGGACAAGUUUGGCAAUAAGUUGUUCCAAACUGUGCUUGAAAUCUGAGAUUAUGUAAAAGCUGGAGUUGGGUUUUCCAGGACGCA